UUGACUGUUACACCCGGUCCUACGCUUAAAUGUGUCCCCCUGUAACCCAGAAACCAUAUUCCAUUCUUUUCUCUUCUGGUUUUUAAUGUAUGUUAUUCUAAUUAAAGGUUCACGAUUGUGUGUUUAUGUUUUUUUCCCCCUUCGAUUACUGGAAAGACGGAGCCAAUCAGGGAAAAGAUAACAGAAUGACAUCACCCUCUCCUCACGACCGAAGCGCAAAGAAGAAGAUGCCGGGCGCCAGCGAUGACGACGGAGAAGCCGAAGACCCUGUGGAGCAAAUGAUCUCUCGCACGGGCUGCGCUGAUCUGCACGAGGCGCUGCAGGACUGCAUGGCCGAGCAUCAGGACUGGCGAGCGUGCCAGAGCCACGUGGGGGCCUUCAAAAAAUGCAUGAGCGACUACCACAAGGCACGGCAGGAACACUUAAGCCAGGGCCGGCGGACGAGCAAGACCACGUCCACCUAAGAUCACACCCACCCGACAACAGAUCUUGACCAGAGGAUCAGGUCUGUAUUAAACUUAAUUUUACGCGACACCUUCAGAGCCUGCAAACACAAUCAAAAUUAUCAAUGUCGAAAAAAUGCUCACUGUGUAUAAAUGCGUAAUCUGGAUCAGCUCUGAACCAUACUUGGUUGUGCACCUUCUAACCCUGAAAACACUUCGAAUAGAAGAUUAAAUGAAGAUCUGACAGAUAUGUACGUAUGUCUGAACAUACCACAAACACAAUCAACAAAUCUGAUUUCAUGUUAUCAGUGUAGAUACAUGUUCAAUGUACCAACAACAAAUGUUUAAACUGGAUAAUUUCUGAAAUUCAUGCAGUAGUAAUAUACAUCCAGAUAUAAACAAAGAAGAUGCUCACACAACUGCUCAGUAAGAUUGCAGUAAUAUUAGUCAUUCUUCACAGAGGAUAAAGAAUAAAUGCCUGUGAAUAUUAUGUUGUCUGUCUACAAGUGUUGCUACCAUUUGUGUUCAAAUAUGCAUUGCUUAAACUUGAAGCAUUAUAACUACCGCAACAUCCACGCUAGUUUGGUUAGCCCGUCUAUGGCUUUUUUCAUUGUGUGUUAGCAUUAAGCUAGCGGACUUUCAGGCAUUAAACACACAAUGUGUAAAUCUCUAUUUUUGUUUUGUUUGACAGUGUAUUUUGACUGGGAGUGGCAAUAAACAGCUUCAAGCUUC